CCCAAACAAGUUUUGUCCAGUCACAUGGUGGACAGACAUACAUGGAAUAUUUCCUCAUUCCUUCACUGUCAUCACCUCCUUUGGUACAAACUUUUGGAUACUGUAUGCUCUGAUAACACCUGAAUUACAACCAUGGAUAACGCAGAGUUUUCUUAGAAAACACAGCAAAAUAUUGAGUUGUAAAGAUAUCAAAAUCCUUUCUUUAGAAAGAAUCAGCACAGAGGGUUAGGGCCAAAAUUCUCCAAGUCAAGGAGAAGUUUCCCUAUGCUAGCACUGCACCAUUGGUGAGCCCAGAGCCCCUGGUUGCACACUCAGGGUGGGAGCCACCAAAUAACUGACAGGUCUAUGUGGAUCUCCAAAAGCAAAGUUCCUUGAGAUUUAGUUCAGAAUGCCUAUUCUAACUGUUCUGGCCAGCUCUCUGCCUCUGCGAGUGAGCAGGGGAAAAGAUCAGCACUAAGCAGAAAGCCUUGGAAUCAUCCUUCAGACCUAUUCCAAGAGCAGAACCACUACAAUUCCUGACCAUGGAGACUGGAGUCCAGCACAGCCACUCUUCCAUAGGCUCUUAGGUAGGGUGGUAUUACACUCACCAGUACACUUGAAAAACAUCCCAGAGAACUUUUCAGGCCCAUAAAGCAGAUGAAAAAUAAAGCCCAUUUGCAAUUUGGAAUAUACAAAUGAAUGGUGUUUCAUGGAAGUGAUCGUGCUACAUAUGAGCUUGGAUCAUGCCAAUGUGCAGUUGUCACAGCCGGAUGUUUGCAGGCUUCCAGCACCUGUCAGCCCUGCCUGGAGGAGGAGGGCAUGGGGAAUUUGGUAUGCAAAUGACUUCUCUGUGGAAUCAGUCUGGAGGAUAUAAAUACUGACAGAAUCAUAUCAAACGGUGUCUAAUUAUUCCCUCCAAAGAAAAAUGGAAUCCUAUUAUAUUCUGGUUUUAAUUGCAGGAAUUUUAGUUGCUUUUAUAUUGCUGGUUUUAAUUGCAACUGAUCAUAAUUUCUUCAAGGCAGAGAUUCUUCCUGAUGUUGACCAGCCAGCAAAGCUCCGCUUUUAUCACUGUAUGUACACUCUGAUGGAAAUUCUGGCAAAGAACUUAAACCGCUUGGGUAUUGUUGAGGAGCACACAUUUAUCAGGCUGAUCACGGAAGGAGUCUCGGCAUGCCGGGAUUCCCAGCUCUUCAUUAAAGAUCUGCAUUUUGAUGGGGUACCUGUGAGGAUUUACCUCCCAAGAGAACCAUCUGCAAGCAAACGGAGAGGAGUCAUCUUCUUCCAUGGAGGAUGCGGCAUUUUCGGAAGCAUCAGAAGUUAUGAAAGAAUAUGCCGGUACAUAGCCAGAAAAUCUGAUUCAGUGGUUGUGUCUGUUGGGUAUCAUUUAGCACCUGAGCACAAGUAUCCGACCCAAACUCUGGAAUGUCUCACUGCUGCCGUGCACUUCCUGAAGACUGCAGAGACCUACGGGGUGGAUCCCGCUUGGAUUAUUGUUUGUGGGGACAGCGUAGGGGGCACAUAUACUGCCAGCGUUUGCCAAGAACUAGGGCAUAGGACAGACAUCACAAAGAUCUGUGCCCAGGUGCUGAUCUAUCCAUUUCUCCAAGCACUGAACUUCAAUCUGCCAUCUUACCAGAAAAAUGCUGCUGUUGCCUUCCUGUCCCGGGAGCGCACAGUCCAUUUUAUUCUCAAAUACCUGAAUAAGGAUUGCUCUCUGAAGGAACCAAUUUUGGCUGGUUCUCAUGUUCCUGAGAGUAUAAAUUUGAAAUAUAGGAAAUGGAUAAAUCCAGACCUUAUCCUAGACGUAUUUAAACUGGGCCAUAAACCACCACUCCCCACUUUGUUUUUACCUCAAGUCCAUGAAGAAGUGCAAGAACUGUUUGAGCCCUGGUUCUCCCCGCUGCUGGCAGAGGAUGCUGUUGUUUGUACCCUCCCUGACACCUGUAUUGUCACCUGUGAGCACGAUGUGCUCAGGGAUGAAGGGCUGUUGUACAAGAAACGCUUAGAGGACAACAAUGUACAUGUGACCUGGCACCACGUGGAAAAAGGCUUUCACAGUGCACUGGGAUUUUUUGGAUAUGGUAUUUUCUCUUUCCCAUCAUCAAGUACAAUAGUGAACCACGCUGUAGACUUUAUAAAAGGCUAUUAAAUAAUUUUCUUGCAUACAGUGCACUGGUAUUUAGAAAGAGUAUGAUUCAAUUAAAUGAUUCAAUUAACUAUUUACUAGCUAUUCUUCCAUUACAAUCAAGGCAAGAACUUAUGACAUUAGCAUAGUCUGCUGAAUUCUGAUUCUUAUUCUAGAAUUCUGAUUCUUACUUGCUAUUACUUAGGAGCAUGAUGUUUAGGGGUUUUUUGUAAGCUUGCUUUGCUGUUCUCUUCUUGCAUUGUAAGAAUUUUUGUUCUCUUCAUACGUCAAAGAAUAAAAACUCACCAUAACAAAAAACAUUCUAAAUGUGUGG